UCCCCGGUUCCCCACCCUAGCCCAAAACGCGAAAAGCUCCCGUCUUUCGAUCGUUGCUAGUACAGGGUUUCAUUUCGCAUCCCAAACUUCUGAUCAAUGGUGGCCGAGGAAGGCGAGAAGAAGAUGAUCAUGCUCAAGAGCUUGGACGGCGAGGAAUUCGAGAUCGAGGAGACGGCCGCCAUGGGGUCGCAGGCCAUCCGCCACAUGAUCGAGGACGGCUGCGCGGACAACGGAAUCCCGCUUCCCAACGUCAACGCCAAGAUCCUCUCCAAGGUCAUCGAGUACUGCAAGAAGCACUUCCAGGCCAACCCUAAGCCGACCGACUCCGGCGCCGCCGGCGACGCUAGCUCCUCCGCCUCUCCUGCAGAUGAGGAGCCUGCCACCCCCACCGAGGAUCUCAGGAGCUUUGACGCCGAGUUCGUCAAGGUCGACCAGGCCACCCUCUUCGACCUCAUCCUCGCUGCAAACUACCUCAACAUCAAGGGAAUGCUGGAUCUUACUUGCCAGACUGUUGCCGACAUGCUCAAGAGUAAGACCGUUGAGGAGAUCCGCAAGAUCUUCAACAUCGCCAAUGACUUCACGCCCGAGGAGGAGGCGGAGAUCCGCGGGGAGAACCAGUGGGCUUUUGACUAA